UUUUAUUUAUAUAAAUAUUUAAUAUUUAAAGAGCUAAUAGGAUGAAAAAUAAAUUUAAAGAAGCAUGUCUUUGUUCUGGAAUAACAGUAGCAGAAUUGAAUGGAAAACUAAUCACAUUGAAGUCAUCGAAUGAUCUGAAAGGAUUACAGGAACUAAGCAAUUCUGAAAUUAUGAUCUUUCCCGUUUUGUCUUUACCUUUAUUACUUGAUAUUAAUCGGACAUAUAAAAAGGAAAAUAUCUCUAAGAAAAAAAGUAAUAAUUUAUAUAUUAGUGAAAUAUUUCAAUUAUUUAAACUAAUUUUUCAAACUUUACAAAUAAUUCCUCAAACACCACUUGAUCUUUGGUUUCGAUCUGAUAAAAAACUUAAAAGCAAUACACCAGUUCUUAUAUCUCAUAUCGCAUGGCAUAAAGUAAUACCGAUCAUUGCGCUUUCUCAUUUAAAAGGAAUGAUUUAUAUUUACGAUUUCAGAAACAAUUCUUACUUUAAGUAUCAUCUUUCUAGUCCACCGUUUACAUCAAUCACUUGUUUAGCGUUUUCAAAUCAAAAUAGGUUGAUUGUAGGAUAUGAUAAUGGUCAAUUAGUUUUAUGGACAUUAGAUUUAAGCAUUACAUCCACUUCCAACAAAAUUAAAGCUUAUUGUAAACAACUUAUUCUCGUAAAGCCUUCCUAUUUUUCCGAAUUUCCAUGUGGAUCUAUAACUGAUCUCUCAUUUUCUCAGACAGGCAGGCAAAUUUUUAUUACUACAUCAAAAGGUGCAUGGGUAUAUGAUCUAAUAUUUUCUCAAGCUCAAAGAAUAAGUUUUUCGAGAUGCUUUAAAAUAGCUCUCACUAGUUCUGGGUCGCAUUGUUUCGUGGCCUUAGGCACAGAAAACUCUAUAGAAAUAUUUUCAUGUUUAAAUUCAGGACCAGGCUUAAGAUUUUCUCCUCCACUUUAUAUUUCUACUUCUGAGGUAGAUAAACUAAUUUGGGCACAUGAUGAUAAAACAUUAUUUUAUCAUAUUUUGGGAUCUUCUACAAUUGAAAUCGUAUAUGUCUCUCCAGCAAUAUUAGCGGAUACACCACCUAUUAGUAGAAAAAUUCCAACAGUUAUUGCCUUGCAAUCUGAAUUUAAUAGACCUGAACCAAUAUCUAAUUUUGUUCUUGAUUCAUCAUCAGAACGUCUUAUUCUUUGUUUUGAGAAAAGGUCAUAUUUGGCAUCUUUUCAGGUAUAUUUGGAUGCGGUUCUAAUGACAAAUAAUGUCUCAAUAGUAUCACCAAUUGGCCUUAUAUAUGGACCUGAUACAGAUAAAAAUAAAAAUAUUGGUCCAAUCGAUAUGCAGUUUGCACCAAAAUUUGUUGGAGGUGCAUUAUUAGCAACUAUUUGGAAUGAUAGAGUUACAUUUUUACCGAUGAAAUUUCCUAGUAAAAUAGAAAUUGAUGAAUUUUCUAAGGAUGGUUGGUAA